GCAAGAUGGCAGCGAGGGCGAGAGGCGUAGCGGAGCCGGGGGUGAAGCAGCCGCCUCAGAGGCACCCCGCCGCCCGGGUUGGGAAGCGGAGACCCCGGAGGAGGCAGGCGAAGCGGCCAUUGAGUUGGGGUACUCAAAACAGCCCUCAGCGUGUCCAAAAGCAUAAGAAUAAGUCCUUUUUCAAAAGACGAUGGAGCACAAAGGGCCAUUCGCACAUGGGGCUCAUGGAUGGAGAAUGGAUGUGCCACGGCAAUCUGCAGCUAUUUUACGGCAGCAAUCAGCUGCGAAAAAGGGAAUGGGAAGCCUUGGCUUCUGAUUUUGGUUUGAGCCCAAGAAAAAUCUUCUAAAUAUAGGAUUCGCAUAAUGGACCCUAGUUCAGAGCCCUCCCUGCCACCGUCUGCGAUGGUUUAGGAAAGGGAUUUAUACCCUGCUUUUCUCCCAAAAUAGGAGUGCAGACUUGCCUUGAAACCUUGUUCGCUUUUAUUUGUUGAUCUUUAAAGUUUGCAAGUCAAAGAUGGCCCCCACACAUGAGCGACUGCAGUUCCGUUUCCCUGGCUACGGCGAUGGCGUGCUGCGCCGCAUGGACCAGCUCCGGCAGCAGCGACGUUUCUGCGACGUGACGGUGCAGGUGAACGAGCUGCGGGUUCCUGGGCAUCGUGUGGUCUUCGCCGCCUGCUCACCUUUCCUACGGGACCAGUUCUUGCUCAACGACUCACCAGAGGUGUCAGUCUCGCUCUUCCAGAGCCCCGAGAUCGGGCAGCAGCUGCUCCUCUCCUGCUACACAGGGAUGCUGGAGGUGCCGGUCAAGGAGCUGGUCAACUACCUGACAGCAGCAUCCUUCUUACAGAUGGGCCACGUGGUGGAGCGUUGUGCCCAGGCUGUCUCCCGCUACCUGACCCCCAAAGCGGACUCCCUGCUGCAGGUGGAGCAAGGGGAGGGGAGCGAUCAGCAGCGGGGUGCAGAAGAGGAAGGGGAGGGCAAAGAGGAGGAGGAGGAGGAAGAAGAAGAAGAAGAGAAGCAGCCUUCUUCACCCAUGGGAGAGGCAGACUCAGAGGAAAGCAAGACAGAGGGGCCCGAAUUCACCUCUCGUGGAUUCCGCAGCCCCUCAUCCCCAGCCAUCUCACUCUCCCUCAUCAACUCGGCGGUGGAGAUCACCCGCAGCUACUUGCAGGGUUGCUAUGAUGAUGAAGCCAGCAGCAAAAGGCUUCCUUUUCCCUCGGCGGCUCCCACACCCAUCUCCCAGUGGAAGAACUAUGCACCGCACCGCCACCGCCACAGUGCAGCCACAAUGUACCGGGACUGGAAGGCAGGUGGCGGCAGUGGGUCGGGGGCCUGGAAAGUGCCAGGGCUGGAGCGCCCAUACCGAUGCCCACGCUGCAGCCGCCUGUUCCAGCAGCUGGGUCCUUUCGUGAGCCAUGUUCAAGAGCACAAGCUGUUCCUGUGCCUCCGCUGCGGCAAGGUCUUCUCGCAGAAGAGCAAUCUGACACGGCACAUCCGGGUCCACACGGGCUUUAAGCCCUUCCAGUGCCCCAUCUGCCGGAAGUGCUUCACCCAGAAUGCCACCCUGCAGGACCACCUCAACCUCCACAGCGGCAUCAAGCCCCACCGGUGCAACUACUGUGAGAUGCAUUUCACUCACAAGCCGGGCCUCCGGAGGCACCUGAAGGAGAUGCAUGGCAAGAGCACCGUCCAGAACAGCCACGAGGAGAUCGAGGAGGUCACCGUCGGCUUUGACUGACUACAGGCCCAGUGCUGGGUUCUCCUAUGAGGCUGAGGCCAGGCCUUGGCUGGAAAUGUCCUCUUUGUGGUGGGUAAGGGGCAGCAAGAACUGUGCAGGCCGAAGACCUUUGCUGUCAGGAUAGCAGUUGCCAAAUUCAUCUUCCUCUAGUUGUAAAGGAAGUGCUGGGAUUAGAAGGUUUCUUGGACAGGAGACAAGAAGCUGUAAGAAAAUGGAGAAAAUAUUGACUGAACCACAGAUCCUGCUGAGAGACAGCUCUCUCAAAGUAAUAACCUUUAUUUCUAGCAGAGGAAGAUCCAUCAGGAGGCAAGGCAAGGAAGCCACCUCAAACAGUGGAUUAUGGUUACUGUUGAAAGGCUUCAAAUGGGGCCAGAAUUGACUGGGGUUUACAAAAGCUUGAGUCCUUCCUGCAAGGUGGGGUCCAGCACUGCCUUGUGAAGCAGGUUCUUCCUGGCCCUAUACUAGCAUCUUCAUGGAUAUCAGACACAGUUCUCCCCAAGUCCUAAACUGACCUCAGGAAGCCUUAGGAAAGCUAUUUCCAAAACGUUCACCCUUCUGGGCCACCACCAUCCUGAACCAGGUUCCCUGUGUAGGUUUGCUGUUGGAACCUGAAGCUCUGUCUGUGUCAGAGCAGGUGUUGAAAAUAGAUCUGGUCCAAGCAGAUCUUACAGGAACAAGCCCCUAUCAGUGAAGGGUGCAGGGACAGGGACGGUCCUCGCAUCCAAACCCAUUUCCAAAAUCCAGUGGACUUCAUGCUGGGCAGCACUGUGGUGGCUCAGUGGGUAAAGGGAGUCCCGUUUAUAGAUUUCCUACCUCAGGCACUACGGUGCCCUUUCUCUCACUCUGGUUUGGACGUCCGCAGAGUGGCCCUGUGACCCAGCUCCCAAAGAAAGGAGUCAGAUAGACGUGAUCAGAUGAAAUUCCAGAGGCAGCUGGUAAAUUGGAUAUUCAACAGCACUGGGCCCAAGGGACAGAUGCCCCAAGUGUUCUUCAAAUGUGAAUUUGCUGAUCUCUCAAUAAAAAUAUGCAGCCUUUUCAAGG